GGACUGUCCUUCUUAUUUAACCCGGUGCUGAACAUCACUACGUACGGCAUCACCCAAUCUCCAUCAUUUGACUUAGAUCUUAAAAGAGGAGACAACACAUCUGUUUAACUCACAGAAUCACGUUAAUAAGGUUGUUUGCUGAUCAGCCAUGAUCCUGAACGCCUCUGACCUGGGCUGGGAUGAGUUCUCAGGUGCAGACCCCUUCUUCCCCCUGGACAAACCGGAUAGUUCUCCUCCCUAUGAAGUCCCGCCCCUCACAGUGUGGGGCGUUGCACUGUGUGUUUCAGGAACUCUCAUCGCUACUGAAAAUGCAAUAGUUGUCACCACCAUCUUGGCCACCCCGUCUUUUCGCGCCCCUGUUUUCCUGCUGCUGGCAAGCCUCGGACUGGCCGACCUCUUGGCAGGUGUUGCACUGGUCCUGCACUUCCUCUUCUUGUUCUGCGUGGAGCCCAGUGAUUGGUCAGAAUUGCUGAUCUCCGGACUGCUGGUGACAUCACUGACUGCAUCCCUCUGUAGCCUGAUGGGUGUUGCUUUGGACAGAUACCUGUCUUUAAGCCACGCCCUCACCUAUGGUUCGAGCCAAUCGCGUCACAGAGCCGCCAUCCUCCUGCUGCUGGUCUGGUUGGGUGCUUGUGUCAUUGGGGCGGGACCUGCAAUGGGAUGGCACUGUCUGGGAGAGCCAAGCUCCUGUUCUGUAGCAAGACCUCUGACCCGGACAUAUCUGUCGCUGCUGUGUGGUGGCUUCCUGGUAGUUGUCAUGGUAACCCUGCAAUUGUAUGGUAGUAUAUGCCGUGUGGCAAGGCGGCAUGCCCACGCCAUUGCUACCCAGAGGCACUUCCUCCCUGCCAAUCAAUCAUAUGCAAGCAAACACAGCAGUGGGAGAGGCUUUUCUCGGCUGAUUCUGGUCCUCAGUGUAUUUGUGGGCUGCUGGAUGCCUUUCUCCCUCUGGGGGCUGCUGGGAGACGCUUCCAGUCCUCCUCUGUACACCUAUGCCACCUUGGUGCCGGCAGCAGGUGGCUCGCUGCUGAACCCAAUACUCUACAGUCUGAGAAACAAAGACAUUCGCAAGGUGCUGCUCCAGGCCUGCUGCCCCCACAGAUGCACACACAACACACAGAUACACUACCCUGUUGAUGUGUAGACUGCCAAACCUACCCAGACUCAAACCACCACAUCAAUGCCAGACAUAUCACUGUUUGUGUGCCAAAUACGCACAUAGCUGCACUGACUAUCGUCCAGAAUAAGAACAUGAAGUCUCAAACACACACACACAUACUCCCACACAUGCAAGCUCCAAGAGAUGAAGUCCUGCAAAUCAGAAUGUCCUGAACUGUCCUGGCUGGCAGCCAUCUUGGGACUAAAGACUAAAUGUACUGUCUUGUAUGUAUGUUGUGCCUCAUCCUGUCAAUUGUAGAUCCACUCGAUCAGCAGACUGACACAACCACAGGGAUGCUAUAUAUAUCCCUACUCAUAAAACGGUGGAUUUAAUGACCAUCGGCACUUUAAGACGAGAGGGACGGGUUUUAAAUGUAAGCCUAUCACAAUGUAAUGACAUAUGUGAUCCAAAGGCCAAUUUUAUUUACUUGAAUGUCUAGAACAUUUGAGAUUCUAUUUUGCACACGCUGUUAAAGGCACUUUGAA